ACAACAACAAAACUAUCAGUGUAACGUCCACUACAUUUGACAGGUCAAAGAACUCCCUUCCUUAAGGACUUUACAAUAACCUUACAGGGGGCUAAAGCAUACAUAUCCGUGGGUAGUGGGCAAGCCUUGAGAGCACAGUGUAAGUCUUGAUAACAUUUUGAGGUAGAGAACUAGUAGACACUGAUCUGUUUUCCGGACCUCAGUGUAAUUGCAAGGGCACUUCAAGAGGCUAAGGGGCUAUUGCAACUACCCAAAUUCGCUAUUGUAGCAUAAAAGCUUUAAUUGACAGCAUGUAUAGGAAUGAAAGGCUGUGUUCUAAUGAAACUGUAAAAAGCAGACACAAAUAUGAAUAUCAUAUAAUUGUCAUGUGUCGCAAAACAUUUUUUUUUUAACCUUUGAAAAAUGUGAAACCCAUUUUUAGCUCCCAGCUAUAUACAGCAGAACCUGCGACGGGCCGGAUUUGCCCUGAGGGUUGUAGUUUGCCCCUGUGGUACGCAUGAAAUGCCAGAAUUUUAAAAAGAUGUGUUAAGUGUGGGACCAUUUGUGGGGCGGUUUAUGCUAACUUCCAAUACUGUAAUAUAUGUCAAAUAGCUUUUGAGUGCCAUUUAGUCUGGGUGGCCAUGCCCAGGAAUGGAUACAGAAAAAGGAGCGCGGCGGUGCCGCGCACCACCCUCUAGGAAACUGGUAUCGCAGCCCGCAGCUCCUAGGAACUGAGACAGCUUGGGCAGGGGCUUCAGGGAUGCGGAGAGGGAGGCUUAUCUCUGCCUAAAGAGGAUAGCGGCCCCCAAACAAGCAGGCCAGGAUACUGCUCCGAGGUCCCGCCCACGAAGGCAAAACGAACUCCCACCGCUCACACAACCGGGAAACACAAGAGCACAGCACGCCCCACCGGCAAGCCACACCUCGCGCAUCACGCACGCACGCACGCACGCAUACACGUCUGUCGCUGCUUCCCGCCUUGCGCUCCGUCAUGCUCUAUUGCGCAUACUUCGGGGAGGGGGAAGAACGGAGAUUGACAGGGACGCAGAGGCCUGAGCGAGGCGGAAAAACCUCACCCGAGCUAGCGGGUAGACCCAAACGGCUAGUGCGUCACUUCCGCUGGGGGCGGGGCGGGGCUGAGUGAGUGGUGACCCAGCUGCUGCGCCAGUGUUUGUGUUGGAAGCUCAGCUGAUGCAGGCCGGUAGGAGUGGACGUCAAUGCCGGGAACGAGCGAGUCGCCGCUGCAGCCCUUGUGACUGCGGCCUGCAUCCCGGUGGAGUCUCGCUCUGUCGCCCAAGCUGGAGUUCAGUGACUGUGAUCUCGGCUCACUGCAAGCUGCACCUCCCAGGUAAGACCAUGAAUUAUGGCAUUUCUUAAAUGAAGCACUCAAGAAGUGAGAGAAUGUCAUAGAAAAUAAAUGAUUUUUAAGUUAUGUCUAUUAAUCUGACUGUAGAUAUAUAUAUUUACCUCCUUAGUAAUGCAAGAAGUGUUUGUGGGAAGCAGAGAAGCAAGCAACUGCAUUUCUUGUUCUCACCUAAGCAUUGCUGGAGGAUAAGCCACAUCAGUCUACAAAGAGGUUUUCAUACAAACAUAAUAAGAUGUAAAUGGACCAAAAGCGAAGCACAUUCUUGCAGUAAGCACUGUUACUCUCCAAGCAACCAUGGUUUACAUAUUGGAAUUUUGAAACUUAGCACUUCUGCUCCCAAGGGACUUACAAAAGUGAACAUUUGUAUGUCCCGUAUUAAAAGUACUUUGAACUCUGUUUCAAAGGCUAUUUUUGGCAAUCGAAAUGAAAUGAUUUCACGUUUAGCUCAAUUUAAGCCAAGUUCCCAAAUAUUAAGAAAAGUAUCAGAUAGUGGCUGGUUAAAACAGAAAAACAUUAAACAAGCCAUCAAAUCUCUGAAAAAAUAUAGUGACAAAUCAGCAGAAAAGAGUCCUUUUCCAGAAGAGAAAAGUCACAUUAUAGACAAAGAAGAAACUAGAGGUAAACGCAGUCUUUUUCAUUACACAAAUAUUAUAACCACAAAAUUUGGAGAGUCAUUCUACUUUUUAUCAAAUCAUAUUAAUUCAUACUUCAAACGUAAGGAAAAAAUGUCUCAAGAAAAGGAAAAUGAACAUUUCCAGGACAAAUCAAAACUUGAAGAUAAAGAGGUGGAAGAGGGGAAAUUAAGUUCUCCAGAUCCUGGCAUCCUGGCUUACAAGCCAGACUCAGAGUCUUUAGAUACUGUGGACAAGCCUACAAGUCCUUCUGCGAUACCUGAUGUUCUUCCAAUUUCAACUAAACAAAGUAUUGCUAACUUACUUUCUCGUCCCACUGAAGGUGUACAAGCUUUAGUAGGUGGUUAUAUUGGUGGACUUGUCCCCAAAUUAAAGUAUGAUUCUAAGAGUCAGUCAGAAGAACAGGAAGAGCCUGCUAAAACUGAUCAGGCUGUGAGCAGAGACAGAAAUGCAGAGGAGAAAAAGCGUUUAUCUCUUCAGCGAGAAAAGAUUAUCGCAAGGGUGAGUAUUGAUAACAGGACCCGGGCAUUAGUUCAGGCAUUAAGAAGAACAACUGACCCAAAACUCUGCAUUACUAGGGUUGAAGAACUGACUUUUCAUCUUCUAGAAUUUCCUGAAGGAAAAGGAGUGGCUGUCAAGGAAAGAAUUAUUCCAUAUUUAUUACGACUGAGACAAACUAAGGAUGAAACUCUUCAGGCUGCAGUUAGAGAAAUUUUGGCCCUAAUUGGCUACGUGGAUCCAGUGAAAGGGAGAGGAAUCCGAAUUCUCUCAAUUGAUGGUGGAGGAACAAGGGGCGUGGUUGCUCUCCAGACCCUACGAAAAUUAGUUGAACUUACUCAGAAGCCAGUUCAUCAGCUCUUUGAUUACAUUUGUGGUGUAAGCACAGGUGCCAUAUUAGCUUUCAUGUUGGGGUUGUUUCAUAUGCCCUUGGAUGAAUGUGAGGAACUUUAUCGAAAAUUAGGAUCAGAUGUAUUUUCACAAAAUGUCAUUGUUGGAACAGUCAAAAUGAGUUGGAGCCAUGCAUUUUAUGACAGUCAAGCAUGGGAAAACAUUCUUAGGGAUAGAAUGGGAUCUGCACUGAUGAUUGAAACAGCAAGAAACCCCACAUGUCCCAAGGUAGCUGCUGUAAGUACCAUAGUAAAUAGAGGGAUAACACCCAAAGCUUUUGUGUUCAGAAACUAUGGUCAUUUUCCUGGAAACAACUCUCAUUAUUUGGGAGGCUGUCAGUAUAAAAUGUGGCAGGCCAUUAGAGCCUCAUCUGCUGCUCCAGGCUACUUUGCAGAAUAUGCAUUGGGAAAUGAUCUUCAUCAAGAUGGAGGUUUGCUUCUGAAUAACCCUUCGGCUUUAGCUAUGCAUGAGUGUAAAUGUCUUUGGCCAGAUGUCCCGUUAGAGUGCAUAGUAUCCCUGGGCACCGGACGUUAUGAGAGUGAUGUGAGAAACACGGUAACACACACAAGCCUGAAAACCAAACUUUCUAAUGUUAUCAACAGUGCUACAGAUACAGAAGAAGUCCAUAUAAUGCUUGAUGGCCUGUUACCUCCUGACACCUAUUUUAGAUUCAAUCCUGUAAUGUGUGAAAACAUACCUCUAGAUGAAAGUCGAAAUGAAAAGCUGGAUCAGCUGCAGUUGGAAGGGUUGAAAUACAUAGAGAGAAAUGAACAAAAAAUGAAAAAAGUUGCAAAAAUAUUAAGUCAAGAAAAAACAACUCUGCAGAAAAUUAAUGAUUGGAUAAAAUUAAAAACUGAUAUGUAUGAAGGCCUUCCAUUCUUUUCAAAAUUGUGAUGAGUGUAUGCAUAUGGUCUCAUAAAUGAAGCCCUGUUCAGAAGAUCCACCACAUUCAAUAAGGAAUUGUGGGAUUCGACAUGAGUUAACUUUGAAAUACUUAUGAAUUCUGGAGAAUCCUGAAAAAGAUGGUGCUUCGACCAGCUUGCACAGCACAGAGAAUAUUCUUGGUUACAGAAUUCAUAUGGGAACUAGGCUUUUAAGAUGUUAAUAAUUAACUAAGCUUUAGUAACCUUACUGUGCUAGUUGGUUUUAGUAGAUAUUGGUGUUAUAUUGUUUGAUGUUUGAAAAUUUAUUAAUAUAUGUGCCGAACAAGAAACCGAAAGCUAUAUUGUACUUUGUGUUUUUACUUUAGUCCUCAUAAUCAUGUUAAAUUUAUGUGAUCAUUGAUUUUAUUUCAUAUGGAAAAGCUAAUUUCUUCUUAAAUUUACGUUACCUAAUCUCACUAGCUAUGUUCUCCAAUCCACACUGCCUUUAUUGUAAUAUCAUCUAAAUAGAUGCAGAAAAUGGAAUUUUCUCUAUUAAAGUAUUUUACAUUUGAAAUAUGAAAGAACCAGAUACAGUUUUCUAUUCAAAUAUGUUUAUUUUAACAUUGGUUAAAAAAGAUGAGGUUCCAGUCAACCACUUUUUAACCCCUAAAAUUUCAAGAUAAUGCUGUAUUAACUUUUCCAGAUCUAACACUAGCUUAUUCUUCCCUGUUAUAAAAUGGUUUGAACUUACUGAGAAAAUAUUCCUAUCAUUAACAAAAAUAAACUAUUUAAAUAAUCUGU